AUGUAUUGUAGUGAGGAAAGCCCCAGUCCAAAGCGCCAGAGGCUGUCCGGUCAUGCUGUCUUGGAGCAGCUAACUUCUUCCGCCCCACCGCCAUCCACAUCUUCACCCCCCAUUCGCCCUUGGGAGUCGGGGCCUCCAAGCAGGAGAUCCUCCCACCCCCACACACACUACCACCAAGAAAGAUCCCUCACACCUGCUCGCCAUAGACGCAGCCCUCCAAUUAGGCGUCAGCGUGGCCGCCUGACCAGACCUGCUCGCCACUUGCCUCCUCAUCAUCACCCCACGACUCAAGGCCCCACACACCACACGUCACCAUCUGAGCGCCAGGAUGAAAACUUUCCCCGCAAUCCACAUUCCUCGAUACAUCAGACUGGGGGUUCAGAGGAUCCCCGAGCUUUCCAUCCCCCCACAUUGUCGCCCCGACUACUGCACCCAGCUGCCCAUCACCACCACCAUCAUCACCCUCAGCCGCAACAGCACCAUGCAGCAUCCCAGCAAGGGUCAAUGGUUAUUGACUUGCAUGAACAGCUUCAGCAGGGCAGCGUACCAGUCUCUUACACUGUGAACCCAGUUCCACCUCACGGUCUCUCAGCACCGCUGUGUAAUGGUCAGCACAUUCCCCCCAGCUGUUCAUCACAACAACAAGUUCCAGCUUGCAGUGUGGUAUUCAGCACUGGACAACACUACCACCCGAUGCUGCAAGCAUGUUCAAUGCAACAUUUGCCAGUGCCCUAUGCCUUUCCCUCUCUGCUGUCCAGCGAUCAUCAGUUUCUUCUAUCCCCUCCGCCCCAUCUCGGUCAUCAUCCACCGCACCUUCACGCACACAACCAGUUCUUACCAUUCCACACACAGCAGCCACGAUCGCCUUUACAACGGAUUGAAAAUGAGGUUGACCUUCUCGGAGAUCAGCUUUCAGUUGGUGGAGGCUUUGGCUAUGGCCCUCACUACCAUCACCACCACCAUCACCACCAGCCUCCCUCCACUCUUCCACCCUCCACACCACUCCAGUUUCUUUCGCACCAUGAUCCGCUUUCACAAGAGCUUUUCACAGUGCCCUACCCCCACUUCAUGCCACGGCGAUUCACCAGCCGGCGUUACUCAGCUCGUUCCCAGCAGGCUGUGCCUCCUUCAAGCUACCACCCGGGCUUCCUGCCUUACUUUCUAUCCAUGCUCCCUGUUCCACCAAAUGUAGCUCCCGCAAUCAGCCUGGAGCUUGAUGUUGAUGACGGAGAGGUGGAGAACUAUGAGGCCUUGCUGAACCUUGCUGAGCGUCUUGGAGAGGCUAAGCCCCGAGGCCUAACUAAGGCAGAUAUAGAACAGCUCCCAUCGUAUAGGUUCAACCCAAAUAACCACCAGUCUGAGCAAACAAUGUGUGUCGUCUGCAUGUGUGACUUUGAGUCCCGCCAGCUCUUAAGGGUUCUUCCCUGCAAUCAUGAGUUCCAUGCCAAAUGUGUAGACAAGUGGCUAAAGGCUAAUCGCACAUGCCCCAUCUGUCGAGCUGAUGCAUCCGAGGUCCAGCGGGACUCUGAGUGA